AUGCCGCCAUACACAGGAACCCAGAGACAUUACAUAUCGCAGUUUGUGGGCUUUACGCAGGCCAAAGAUGCCGUAGCUGCCAAAUUCUUGCGCGCAAAUGGGUGGAAUGUUGAGCAAGCCGUUGAUGCAUACUUCUCCUCCUCGCAAGCACCUGCCGCAUCAUCGUCAACGCCAGCACUAAAUAAGAUCUUUGACGAAUAUCGAGAUGACCCCAAAGAAAAUCCAGACACGAUUGGCAUCGAAGGAGCGAUGAAGUUCCUCGAGACCAUCGAAAUACGACUCGAUGAAGUUGCGUGUUUAGGAAUAGCGGAGCUGCUCAAGUCACCUAGUAUGGGCGAGUUCACACGUACAGGUUUCGUCGAUGGCUGGAAGAGCGUCGGUGUCGAAUCAAUCCCGCAAAUGAUAUCCCACGGCGCCUCUCUUCGAAAUCGAAUAUCCUCUCAACCAGACACAUUCCGCAAAGUAUACCGCUACGCAUUCCCUCUCUGUCGCAUGCAAGGCCAGCGCAACCUUCCAUUCGAAAUCGCCGCUGAACAAUGGCAACUAUUCUUCACGAGCGAAAAUGGCGGAGUCGAUUGGCAAACACCUUCCACCCCAUGGCUAGAUUGGUACCUUGAUUACCUCAAAUCGAAAGGUCAGCGGCCAGUGAAUAAGGAUCUGUGGGAACAGACGGAAGUAUUCAUGCGCAAGACUCUGGAGGAUGAGAAUUUUGGGUGGUGGGAUGCUGAUGGCGCGUGGCCGGGGACGUUGGAUGAGUUUGUGGAGUUUGUGAAGCAGGAUAAGCGUGGUGGGAAGCCUGCGGAGGCGAUGAAUACUGAAUGA